GAGAGCGAAGGCAUUAAUCACGUGAUAGGAAUUUCACCGAAUGAGGGUGAGAGGGAUGCGUCGAGCCUCGCAGCUUUCAAGUCUUCAGCUUUUGUUUGUUGGCACCACCGACCAUCGGCGCACGAUAGCACUCAGCCGGUGAUUUCUCCCCAAGGCGCAAUUUAGAUUCGCCACCGGGAAAUCAUCGCGGUGCAUGUUAGCAGAUUACGGGUCUCGUCUCGGGAGCAACCAACAUGCUCGUAGGCGUGAACUGGUGCCUAAUCACACCUCACUAGUGAAGUUCUCGGCUUUACACUUUCCUGUUUUCGUUCGACCACCUGCUUUUCUUGUUGGGAGCAACCAGAAAUUGGAAAAUCACUGGUCGUUGAUUUCGAGGGAAGGGCUGUGUGGUUGGUGCGAUCGAUCGAUCGAUCCAUUUGGAGCCAAAAAAAUCUCGAGAAAGUAUCACUGGAAAAUCAUUUCUUUGAGAGAGAGAUUGGGAGAUGGUGGGAUGCAGACGAAGCUGACGAAGAUUGAGGAAGAUGGUAAGGGUAGAGUGGGGAUAUCAGGGGAGAGGGAAAUGGUGUUCGUACAAGCGGACUACUCUUAUAAUCUGCUCCAUCAACAUUGUUGUUGCCCUCUACGUUCUUCACUCUCUUUACAAUUCCGUUUACAUGUACUCCCUUAGAGAUUCGUCAAAGGCUGUUAAAUACACCGUAGAUCAGAUUAGGAAGAUGGAGGAAUCAAUUCGCGUUCGGAGAGCGGCGGAACCCAAAGAACUUGUUAAAUUGAUGAAGGAAAUCAAGGAUGAAUUUCACAUUGAAGAAAGGGUGGUCGAACUGCCGCCACACCUGAAACAGAAGAUAACUGAUGAGAUUCUGCAGAGGUUGAAAAGUCUGGACUCUAAUGCUAGUGCGAGUAUGCAGAGAGAUGCUGUUGAAAACUGGCGCAAAGAAAAGUUGGAGGAAGUCAAACGAUUCACUCUUGGAAAUACUCAGAAUUCAAGCAUACAGCCUGAGGAAGCUGGUAUCCUAAUUAGAGUGUUGGAGUUCAAUUGGGCUGUGCUGGUUGAAGAAAUUGGUCUUUGGAUACCGGUUGAUGUCAUUAACAAGGAACAUUAUGAUAAACCUGAGGGUGAAGAAGAGUUUGAGGAGCCUAUUGCAGGCAGGCCCGUUCCACGUGAAUGCAAUGCUGAGCUUCAUACAGAUUAUGAUGGCACUGCUGUCAGAUGGGGCCUUACACACCAUAAGGAAAGCGCAGCUGACUGCUGCCAGGCUUGCUUGGAUCAGGCUAAAUUUGCCAAGCCAGGCGAAAAGAAAUGCAACGUAUGGGUUUAUUGCCCAUCCGAAACAGGGUGCUAUUCUCCUGAUAUUUAUGAACACAAACAUCAAGAGUGUUGGCUGAAAUAUGCGGAAAGCCCCAGAUUGAAUUUUAAGGACAAAUAUUCAGAAUCAUACAGAGAAUCCCAUCCUACAGCACCAUUGAUAGUUCCUUGGAUGUCUGGUGUUGUUACUGCAUGAUUUAUUUUUAUUAUUUUUUUUUUCUAGCCAAUGCACAGGUAAUUUGGGAACCCAGGUAGACCACGAGCAAUGGCAUGAAGCUGGUUCCAGUGGAAUUUGUGUUGGGCAAUUCUAACGUUGGUGGGAUGCUUUCCCCACUUUUUUUUUUUUUGGCUUAUAGGGGCCAGUUUGGAUGGGGGUUGGGGAACGUGCUGUGUGGUUUCAUGUUCAUUUACUACGAGGCUUCUUCUUCUUCUUCUUCUUCUUCUUCUUCUUCUUCUAUCUUUUUUGUACACGGAAUGCAGUGAUCUUGGCGCCAAAUGCUUUUAAAUGAGGAUGCUUGGCAGAUGGAUUGCAUCGUUUUUUUUUUUUUUUCCAAAUUGCAAGCUGUGAAGCAUGAAAUUCAUUGAAUAUAGUUUGAUAACGUUGAUUCAUUAUAA